GCUCCUGAACAGAGGGGGCGCUGUGGUAGUGUAGUUAUAGGGAAGUACUGUGAAAUAUUGCCAUUGUGCAACCAUCAUAUCAACAAGACUCACACACAGCCUGUUAACACUUUUUAUCCGAUUAUUAGACCAAGUCAAAACAUCUAGCUAUACGUUUCAGAUUGCACGUCAAUGCCUCAGAACUGUCCGUGUUGUUUUAAGGAAGCAGGUUUUUAAAUUUGAUCAAACAGCCGAGUGUUUCAGGCUCGCUGAUAUAAUGUCGACCUCCGCGGACUUCCACUCUCAGAUCGCCUCCAUCGUGGAAGUGCUGGCUAACGCCGCUGUGGCGGAGAUCUGUAAAGUUGUGGACGACGGAUACACGGUGGUACAGCUGCAGAUGUCCCGGAGCCAGAAGGAGAACGAGUUCCUGCGACGGAAACUCAAACUGAUGGAGCUGCAGAUCGUCAGGUACCGGGCGGAGAGGGUGAGGGGAGCGGAGGGCUUUACCGGCGGCCGCUUUCCCGGGGUCCGCCCCCUCCACCGGCAGAGCAGGGACUCAGUUUCCGCAAGCCCCAUGCUGCAGGCCAGGACCAGGUUUCUGAACCGAGACCCAGCGACUCAGCAUUCUGCGAGGAAGAUCCAACCCAUCAACCUGGACCAGGACCCUGACCAGGAGGUGGUCACCACUACCAAAAUUGAGUCAGCAGAGCCUGAGGAGGAGGUGGGGCUGCUAAUCGUCAAGGUGGAGGGAACAAUGGAGACUGGAACCCUCAGCCAGGAGGCAGCAGCAGACAUCUGCAGCGGGAGAGGAGAUGCCAACCCAAACCCCGCCACCCCGAUGGAUGCCAGAUGCCAUCGCGAAAAGGAGGUCAGUGGAUCUGACAUCGUCACAUUAGUUGUCGGCAGGACAGCUGUAACUGACAGCAGUGACACGACCCACAGUUCCCAGCUGAUGCUAACAGGAAGUGAUGUCAGAGCAGGGGACAGUGAGCUGCUGGACUCCGGUGCCGGCAGUGGGGUCGCUCCUUGUGCUGACGAAACAGACAUCAGGAGAAAUAAUAAGGCUGCUUCAGACAGGUCCUCCCGGACAGAGGUGAUAGUCAUUGAUGGGGAGGCGGCAUCAGAGCGGGAGGAGUGUGUGUGGUCAGAUGCAAACAAGAUGAAGAGAGAAGCAGCAAGAGAGAAAAACGGACAAGAUCAAACUACAUCACCCAGGAUUCAGUUGGGUGCUGGGCUGGAAUCAGUGCAGGUGAAGUCCUCACUGCAGGAAGGGUUCGUUCUCCCUCGAGGUGGCAUUCCCGGAACAUCUAGUGGUGGGAUUACCUCUGGUAUCAACUCCUCCGUGGAUCUGCACCGCCCUGCAAGCCAACACCACCCCCUCCACCACAGCCACUACAAGCCCUUCUCCAGUAGCUUCCACCUGGCCUUCCACCACGCCGUCACCAUGGAGCGUCCGUACGGCUGCACCAUCUGUACCAAGCGCUUCUUCCUGGAGUCCGACCUGCAGAAACACAUGGCCCGGCACACCAGGGAGAAGCCCUACACCUGCCUGCUGUGCGGCAAGAGGUUUGUGUGCCAGAGCCAGCUUGAUAUCCACUGCAACGUGCACACCGGAGAGAGACCGUUCAGCUGCUCCGUCUGCAGCCGCCGCUUCUCCCAUCCCAGCAACUUGAAGAGGCACCAGAAGAUCCAGCAUUCAGAGAGUAACCCCCCGCCGCCCCCCAGGAUACUGCUGCACCAGAGUUACCAACCAGGGGGAAGUUAUCCCUGAAGAGGAUGAGACGACGCUUUUCAAAGCAAUACUUACACUCUUUAACCCUGAUGAUUACUACUCCAUCCUGUGUUAGAAACAGAAAGAGGUGGAAGAUAUUAGAGAAGAAAUCUAAUGUGAUGUAGCGAAACUCCACUGAAGGCUUCUCCAGUUAAUUUCUUCAUCCACCAUUACAGUUUAAUUUGAAUUAAAUGCAAUUCCAAUCUAGAGCAGGGAUGGUGGACACAGCUGAAAACUACAAUAAGGAAAAUGACAGGAUGUUUGGCUGUUGCAGGAAAUAGACAAUGAAUUGUUCUUAAAAAUGUCUGACAUAAAACAUUUAAAGAAAUAUAUAUCCCACACAGUAAGGUUUAUUGAGAUGUAUGAAGAAGUAUGAUACAUGUGAACAUUCUGUAUACAGAUGAUAACGAACAUGUAGAUUCACUUUUACCAAGGUUACAAAACAACCAGACCUCGGUGGCUGCAUGCUGCAAGAAGAGGGAGGUCAAAGUAACAAUUAGAAGUCCUUCUGGCAGUUAGUGACACACCUCCAGAAUUUCACAAACACACAAACAGCUGGUAAGAGUUAGAUUAUAUUAAUACCAUCAAGAGGUAUAACAACAAGAAUCAUCUUGACACUAAGUCAAUCUGUCAAAUAAAAGCCAAAAAGCUCUCCAGGGCGCGUGAACACACACACACACACACACACACAAACACAUAUACGUACACACACACACACACACACACACACACACACACACACACACUCACAGAGUGUGUAGGCCACAGUUGUUCUACACUGCACAAUCAUUUCAGUAAAUGACACAAAGUUUGUAAUAUAUUUAUUUAAAUUUUAAAUUUGAUCUCGUAUCUGAAUAACAAACCAAGUAUGUAAAAGCCAUGAAGUGUGUAACUGUUUCCAUCUACAGUAUAUGGGUGAGGAAAGUACAAUGAUGAAACACUGGAUGAGCUCAUUCUAAGCUUCUUCUCAUGACUCUGAGAAUGCAAGAAGUAAAAAUGAUAUUUGUUCUUCUUUAUCUACAGUGGCAGAAACGGGCAAACGCAUAACAGCGGCCCAAAACACUUCCAUUUGGAGAAAUGAGCUUCAGUUUCAAAAAUGAUUCAAACAAAAAAUCACAAAUUUACCAACAGACACUGAAAAGUGACACAGCUGGGAGCGGAGCGCUUAUUGAUGUUCAGGAUUAAAAAGGUGGCCGACUUUCACAAUCACUGUUACCUAAAACAUUUGAGGUACUGAUUCCUUUAGUUAUUAUUGCAGAUCUGCUGUAAGCUAGCUAGCUAACUUAGUCAUUUAAAAUGUACUGACAAAACCCUUACAGUUAUGAAACAGUGACAGUUGGCCAACACAUUUUUGUGUUUAUAUUUGCAUCGUUUUGGAAAGUGUUUCUGCUUAUGGAAGUGUUUUGGGUAGUUGUAGCGCAUUUGCACCGGUCAGCCGCCGUAAUAAUCCAUAGAACACGUAAGAAUUAGGACUCCCAGAAUUACCCUAAGUAAACAUCUUGUCAUUUAAUGCACUUUCUGUGUCACAGAUCAGGAUUCAGUGACUAACGUGUCUAAGCGACUCAGCCUGAGAGACAUGAGAACUCUCCUCCUUUGUAUGAGGUCUCUGAUGUGUGUCUGAGGGACUGAUAUCAAGUUAUUUUGCUAUUACUGAGAGUGCCUCAGUCAAUGAGAAGAAUCAAAUCGAGUGUUUGGCUAUUUUUUUAUUCUGUUGUCCAUGUUAUUAAUAAAAAUGUGUAUAAGACAGAUGAAUAUUUUCCACGUAUCAUUGCAUGUGUUUUCCAAUAAGGGUUCCUGUUUCUCUCAUCAUAUAAACCCCAGUUGUGAUGUUACUGUUUGCUAAAUUUCUAAAUAAAUACAGCAUGUGGUCGCUCACUGUUUGUUUCCUGCAGCAAACUGCCUUAAAACCUCUGAAGGUUUACCCAUUGCGCUCUACGUGGAGCACUUUUUUACCUUCGCUCACAUAAUCACAUGUACUGCAUGUUUGACCUUUUUAAUCGUAGCAUAUUUAGAGCUAUGAGCUCAGCAAAGAAGAGAAGGAAAUGUUCAAAUGACUGUGUGCUCAUACAGUUCAGUGUAAACAUGCCAAUAAAUGAUGUUUUUAUUG